CCACACCGAAUCGGCGUUCCAAUUGGCUUAAAGUUUCAGGCGUAAACUUUUAACUGAGAGAUUUCCUGGUUGGCAUUAUUUAUGUAACAUACUUCAUAAAAGCACAUUCUACUGGUUUCUACUGUCUCAUUAAGAGGAACAUGGCUGAUGGUGACAUGCAGAGAGGUGGGGACACUGUAGAUGCUGCAGUUUGUGCAAAUGGGGCAAAUGCAGAAGCUGCAGGAAGUUGCAAGACUACUGAGGAAAUGGACAGCAAACCAGAAGCCUCUGACCCUUACCGCUACAAGAUGGACUACCCCUGCAUUGGCAACUGUGUGAUUAUCAACAACAAGAACUUCCAGCCAAAAACAGGGAUGGGCACUCGUAAUGGGACAGAUGUUGAUGCUGCCAGAGUUGCAAAGACCUUCGAUAAGCUGGGUUACAAGGUCAAAACAUUAAAUGACCAGACUGUGGCUCAGAUGAAAAGGCUGUUGUUAAACGCAUCCAAAGAGGACCACAAGAACAAUGCUUCAUUUGUGUGUGUGAUACUUAGUCAUGGAGAUGAGGGUGUCAUAUACGGCACUGACGGCUGUGAAAAGUUUGAUACGCUGGUACAGUGCUUCAAAGGAAACCAGUGCAAGGGUCUGGUGGGGAAACCAAAGCUCUUUUUCAUACAGGCGUGCCGUGGUUCAGCCCUGGAUGACGGAGCCAUUGAGGUCGACAGUGGUGGAGACGAGAAAACAUCUUUGAAGAUUCCUGUGGAGGCCGACUUCUUAUACGCCUAUUCCACCCCUCCAGGCUACUACUCAUGGAGAAACACAAGCAGUGGCUCCUGGUUCAUACAGACGUUGUGUGAGAUGUUGGAGCGCUACAGUGGGAAGCUGGAUCUGAUGCAGAUCAUGACGCGAGUCAACUACGGUGUCUCACGCCAGUUUGAGUCGUCCUGCAACCUGCCUGGAUUUAGCAAGAAGAAGGAGAUCCCCAGUAUCGUCUCUAUGCUGACCAAAGACUUUUACUUCCCCGUCUAGAUUUACAUGGUUGAACCUAAUAUCUACACUCUGGCCACCUUGAAUGUAUACAGUCUGUCGUCGUGUGCUGAGCGGGAUAACAAUGAUUUAAUUGUCACUAUACCCAAAUGCACUUUGCACUGAGGUAAAAACACAUCAGUGUUGGAUGAUUUUAGUGUUCGCUCUUGUUUGGGAAACACAAAACACUAUUAGUUCCAU